AUGUCGGAUAGCGAAGAAAGCAUACGUUCUUUGUCUAAGAGACACAGACUUUCGUUAUCCUUAAUAAAUGAUGGCUCUGGUGACGAUUUGGAUGAUAUUUCAAGUACAGCUAGUACUAAAGAAGAAGAAUCAUCAAGAAGUGAUACUCCCACUCAGUUUUAUAAUAGAAGAGGAAGAGGCAAACCUAGAGCUAAAAAAUGCAAAUUACAAUAUAAAUGUUCCAAUAUUUUACAAGAGGAUCACAGCCAACCGAUAUUUGGAUUGCAGAUAAAUUUGAAUGCUCCAGAAACUGAUCCAUUAACAUUUGCUACAGUUGGUAAUAAUAGAGUGAGCGUCUAUGAAUGUCAUGAGAAUGGGAAAAUCAAAUUAUUACAAGCUUAUGUUGACCCUAGUAAUGAAGAAAAUUUUUAUUGUUGCGCUUGGUCUCAUGAUGAUAUAACUAAACAGCCAGUAUUAGCUGUAGCUGGUGUUAGAGGAAUAGUUAGAUUAAUUAGUCCCAUUGCUAUGCAAUGUAUUAAGCAUUAUGUUGGACAUGGCAAUGCUAUCAAUGAACUUAAAUUUCACCCCAAAGAUUCUAAUCUACUACUCUCAGUUAGUAAAGAUCAUUCUAUGAGAAUAUGGAAUAUUAAAAGUGACGUAUGUGUUAUGAUAUUCGGUGGUGUUGAUGGACAUAGAGAUGAAUUAUUAAGUGCUGAUUUUAAUUUAGAAGGAACAAAAAUCAUAUCCUGUGGAAUGGAUCAUUCUUUAAAAAUCUGGAACAUUGAUACCUCUGAAUUUACUGAUGUUGUUGAACAAUCUUAUAACUAUUCACAAACUAAAACCAAAAGACCUUUUAGUACUGUAUCAAACCAUUUUCCUGUAUUUUCCACCAGAGAUAUUCAUAGAAAUUAUGUAGAUUGUGUUCGAUGGCUUGGCAAUUUCAUUUUAUCGAAGUCAUGUGAGAACUGUAUAGUAUGUUGGAAACCAGGUAAUAUACAUCAGCCUAUAGAUAAAGUAGCAGAUAAUACAAUUAGUAUAAUAUACAGAUUUGAAUAUAAAGAAUGUGAUAUAUGGUACAUGAGAUUUUCAUUAGAUUAUUCCCAAAAAAUAAUGGCAUUAGGUAAUCAAUGUGGUAAAAUAUAUGUAUGGGAUUUAGAUACAGACGACCCCUCUACUGUCAGAUUCACUAAGCUUGCACAUGCAAAAAGUAUAACAGCAAUACGACAAACAGCUUUAUCAAAAGAUGGAAGCAUAUUGUUAGCAGUUUCAGAUGACAGUAAAAUUUGGAGAUGGGAUAAAAUAAGUGGAUAAUUAUAGAUUAACUGAUCUGUAAGCUUAUUCUGAAGAAUCUGCUGUGAGGUGAAAUUCUGAUGACUGAUUUUAACAAUAUUGUGCUGAUUGAGACUCAAUAUCUAAACUAAAGACAGAAAUCAAAUUGCUGAGAUAAAUUUCACAAAGAAGUACCCAUCAGCUUAGUACAUUUUAGGAAGACAUACCACAGUAAUAGUGUGAAAAUUUUAGUCAGAGAUAUUAAUGCAAGUUGAGGGAACAAGGGCAAUUCUUGAUUAAAGAUUACAUUCUCAUCCUUCAUUCAUAGACAUUAUCAAAUAAAGCACUCAUAUCAUGC